GCUUGGCUCUAUAGCCUAUCUUGUAAAAACUAUCACCAUGCUAAAAUUGAUAACUUAAGCAAAAAGUGCGCAAUUCAAACACAUAUCCGCCGGAUCUAACGUCGUGGCGGACAAUCAUAGAAGUAUGUCAUAUUGUGUACACAUGAUUUGAUUUAAGUUAUCCCUAUCACGACCAAACUUUACAAAUUAGUUAUUAUUUGUACGUUUGUAUUGACUUAUAGCUGCGCUUCAUCUAAUGGGCUAGACUUGAUUGUCUGCCAUCUAAACUAAUCAGCGCGAACAAUGCCGUUAGAUGCUGUUAUUGUGUACUGCCCGGCCCCCUCUAUGUUAGCAUGGGAUCACCUAAAUGCAAUAUGGCAAGCUUAUUCACUGAGAUUGAAAUUUCCAUCUUGCCUCAAAUUCUUACAUUAACGUCCAAAUAAAACGCUAGCGGAAGCGGGGCUUGAACAAAAGAUCCCGGAAGUUUGGAAACUAACCUCCAAUUUCGCCAAGGGAAAUCCUAAAGUAAUUAAAGCUACAUCAUAACAUAUCUAACCGGUCUAUGGUAUAUCGUCAGUUGCUUUUCAUUACCCUCGGAGCGGGGGUCGAUCAAUUAUUCAGGUUAUCUAUCUCGGUUCGUUUUAUGAUUUUGGAUUACAAGAAUUUGAGGAUCGUUUCUGGUUCUAUUCAUUGUGGAAGUGGAUAGAGGGGGAUUACGGAUUCAAGGAGUUGUUCUUUUCAAUUGAUGCUGGUAUAGUUAUGAGGUGGUUGGCUACCGGGAUUCUCCUCGCCUAUUUUUACGAGUACUCUGAGGGCAAAACCCAGCGUCCAUCGUGUUUCCGAAAAUUCGCGUCUUCUGGCGUAAGGAGAGAUGUGUGGCUAUCGCUGAACGGCGGUUUUUUCUUGCGUCACCUAAAGACGGACGAGCGAUUCGUAGCCAACAAGCCGUCCUUCACCAACUAUUUAGAGACAUUUGACACUCCUGUAAAAUAUGGUGAUUUUUAUGGGCAGAGAUUGUCGACGUUUUUUAUUCCGCCAAAAAGCGGGGAGUACAGAUUCGUGGUGACCUGUGACUCCGUGUGUGAGAUUUCACUGAGUGAAAGCGAAAAUCCGAUGUACAAAAAGACAAUAAUCGUUAUUGGUCAGAAAAACAGGACAGCGAUCGACGAAUGGAAUAAAUAUCCUGGUCAGCAGUCAUGCUACCAAAGGCUUAAAGCUCAUGUGAUUUACUACUUGGAAGGGCUGCAUUCUAACUACAAAUAUAGGGAUCACAUGAAGCUGCGAGUGGUUUUCCCGGACUCGGAUGAGCUUCGAGUUCUGGACCAGAACGUUCUCAUGAAUUACUCAACUGCCCUGAACUGUUUCUUGCUGAGACGCGAGUGUGGCAUACAGUGCGGAGGAAGCGCCUUCACGGUACUAAAGUCAGUGAAUCCAAUUACAAAGGUCUGCACUGCAUACAAACCAUCGCUUUCUCCGGCCAAUUACUCGACACCAACACCCUCUUCAGAAUCACCACUUCAUGUGAUGGUCAAUGUAAAAAGCUCAACAGAAAUGAUGGUACAGUGGAAAUUCAUUGAAUACUUCGACACUAGCCAGCUCUCCGGUUUUAGACUUAGCUACAGUUACGUGACAAGCAAAGGGAGUCUGAGGACGUACCAGAUGAUGGUUGGUCCAAAGAGCACGUCAGUCAACCUACAUGGAUUCAGGCCACACACGACAUAUUGCAUCAAGAUCACGUUCUUUGCGAAGAAGGAGGAGUCUGAGCCUAGGGAAUGUACCUUCGCCACAACUUUUCAGGGCUUCCCCAUCAAGGCUCCAAAGAUUCGAUUUGUUCGAAAUAUGAGGCUAGAAGCCAUCCAAAUCGCGUGGAAUCCAAUCCCUUCGUCGUUCAGUCACGGCGUGAUUCAGGGAUACCUACUUAACCUAACCAACCUCAAUAAGACUAAAGCUCCAGACGUGGUCGUAGAGAGUGGAAGUGACGUCGUCUCCAUGGUGAUCAGUGGGCUCGAGAAACUAACGUUGUACUGUGUGCGGAUGUUGGCUUUUACCGAGGUGGGCAAUGGGCCUUAUAGCGACUGCUACGAGGUGCUAACUUGGACAGAAGACUACUUACCCACAAUGACCAUAACAAACAGAACAAGCCCCUACGCACUAGAUAUCCAGUGGGAAGCAUUACCAGGCUACCUGCUCGGACACCUGACCGGGUACGCCUUGUCGUACACACCUGUAAGCAAAACAGGAGUCAAGGUCACUGGCGCUAAGCCGCGGCUUGUGAAUAUAACCGCUAACACCACGCAGUAUCGUAUCGCAGGCCUCAGUGCUUACACUACGUACAUAGUACUCGUAAGACCGCUGACUAGUACCGGACUUGGAAGUACUUUAGAUUCAACACUUGCAGAAACGUGUCGGUGCCCGAAGUUCAUGACCGCCGCAUGGAGCCCAGUCCCUCCUUACACUGUUGACACAGGACAACCAGUUCCGAGCGGAAUAAUCCCUGAAAUCUUAUCGAACAUGUUAGUUCUUAUUUGCGAGACCUGCAAAGAGUUUAACACCACCACACUCAUGUACACACCUAUGCCGUCGCGAUCCAAGCGCAACACAAAUCCUGCAGCGACAGAGAUGGCUGAUUUCGCGUUUCCUUUGCGAGAGAGUCGUGCGGUGAAAUCCGAGAAAGACUCACCGUACAUCCCUUUACUGGAGGUCCCUGGAUUCGCAUACCUCACGACAAAAAAAUCGCAACAAGUUUACGCAAGACAGGUUGCGAGCUCCGUAUUCCAGUGCUGGCCGAUCAUGGUGUUGAGUUUGGCGAUGACGCUUGUUGUGGGCUGCAUCAUAUGGUUCAUGGAGACGGUGUCUAACCCUCGCCAGUUCCAGCGCAAAUUCUACAUCGGGAUCACUGAGGGCGUCUGGUGGGCAUUCAUCUCCAUGACAACUGUCGGGUACGGUGACAAGGUGCCUUCUAGUAAGAUAGGCCGAACCUUCGCCAUUUUGUGGUUUUUCGUCGGCCUCGUCAUCGUUGCUAUGCUUGUGGGCUCCAUUACGUCAUCGCUGUCUGUCAAAAUCCUGAACGAGCAGCAAAACGUUAAGCAGGAGAGAAAGAUGGCUUCCCUGGAUAGUUCGCUCGAGUACAAAGUGCUUCUCAACGUGGGGAAACAAGGCGCUAAACGAGAGACUUACUCAAACAUAGAAAGUCUUGUGAAGGCGUUCAAACAAGGUCGAGCGGAAGGCAUCGUGGUUGAUAUGUACAUGGCCGGAUUCCGGACAGACUUGUUUAACGGCACGUGGUACAAAGUGUCAAAAAUCGUCAACAGUAGGUUCUGGUAUGGAGUUGGUAUUGGCCGCAACGUGUCCGAACUCGCUCAUCUGUUCCGCGACUACGCAAAGAACAGGCAGGAAAUACGCAUUGCCUCACUAAAGAAGGCCCGUGAUAGUGCUGAUGUCGACACACACUUCAUGGCGCAAUCCCUGGAAAGAGUCCGCCGGCCAGAUUUCCUGGAUUCUCGUACCACGAUUUUCCAGGUCACGAUAUUCAUUUUGCUGUCGACUCUGUGUGGGUGUUCCAUUGUCGGGAUGCUCUUCCAUUUAUGGAGACGGGAUAAACAUCACGAUGUGCAAAACACGGACGUUUACCAGUGUCGUGAGCAUUACCUAAAUACUAAGGAGGAAAUGAAGCAAGUGCUGGACGAGUUCCACCGACGAGUCUGUAGGACUUACCUUACGCUAAAGGCAAAGCAUCGACGCGAAAUCAAAGAGCUAGUAAGACUCAACAGACAUGCGCGAGCCAAUGGACAGGCUACCAUCUGGAUUUGAUGUCUUUUACAUUCAACAUAAUCCAGAUCCUCUUUGGAACUCUGAUUGGAUUCCAUGUGGUUUAUAGGGGUUGUGACGUAAGGGAUCCGGAUAUGAUGUCAUGUACAUUCAGCAUAAUCCAGGGCGCUUUUCGGUACUGUGAUUGGAUUCAGUGGUUGGUAGGCAUUGUGAUGUACGGGAACCGGAUAUGACGUCGUAUCAGCCUACUCCAAGGCGCUCUAUCUUGCUCAGGUUUCGCACUAUGGGAGAUUUGGCCAUGAGCGAGAAUAAUAAAACUUUUUUCUGAAAAAAAAACUAAUUAUUUAAACAUUUUACACUGGGCAAUAUCUCUUCUCAAAUGCGCGCUAUUUACUAGUUAUUACGCAAAGAAAUUAUCGAUUAUGGUCCAAAUGAAUUGUCUUUCUCUUCUUUUGAUAGCCAAUCGCUAACAAAAAAUAUAGAUGGUAUGAGAGUGUACGGCAAAAAAAAUGUAGCACAUUAUGCAACUGCUUGAUAGUGUUAAUCAGAAGAAACCCUAACCUUGUUCCCAGGCUGCUCUCCUCAUUGAAUGCCGGAUCUCAAGGGAAAAGGAUUAUCAAGAAGUGGCGCAAUAGGUAUUUCAUAGAAAGGAGAAUAGAACCAGAAAAAAAGUGUAGAAGAUGUCGCUUGUAAAACAAGAUAAAAAUUCAUAUAUAUUAAAACAUAAUUUACACUGAA